AGUUUCCAAACUAUCGUCGAGUUAACAACACACAAAAUAAAUUCGCGCAUGCGACCACAAAAUUCUAGUGUAUCCACGAUGUUCAGGUUUCUCCGGUAUCAGACGCUUUUCUCCCAUGCCGAGGAUGCCAUCGCCGAACAUCGAAGCGCAACAUUGUGUCGCGUGAACUUUCCAAAGUUUGUGACGGGUCGUAGUUGAAUAAAUAAACAAAUAAAUUAUGAAUACAACAACGAAGUACUGCGAUUUAGCGCGUUUCCAAAAAAAUUACGAGGAGUUACACGGUCCUCUUAGUAUAAUAGUGUGUGUUCUGGGAUCUAUAGCCAACAUAUUGAAUAUCUGUGUUCUAUCUAGGAAAGAAAUGAGAUGUUCGACGAAUCUUAUUUUAACGGGAUUAGCUGUUGCGGAUUUAUUAGUUAUGAUUGAGUAUAUCCCCUUUUCUUACCACGGUUACUUCGAUUUAGAAAAAAGAAAAUAUGCCAAUUACUUUACCUACAAUUGGGCAAUUUUUAUGAUAUUUCACGCUACUUUUAGUUUGUUAUUUCAUUUCGUUUCUUGUUGUUUGACAGUUAUUUUAGCGCUAUGGAGAUAUUUAACUAUUAAAAAUCCACCAAUUACAAAGUUUUGGUGUGAUUUACGAAAAACUUUACUAGUUAUUAUAUUCACUUAUUUAUUAUGUCCAUUGAUAUGUUUUCCACUGUAUCUAUCGUAUCAGGUUCUUCCGUUAAAUAGAACAACCGAUGUUAAUGAAAAGUUGAUCAAUGUGGAAUCUAAUGAAACCAAGAUUCAUUAUAGUACCAUAUACGUAGUGCAGUACGUGAACGAAUUUUAUUCGAUUUUAGUUUUUUGGUUAUAUACGGUUAUUAUUAAACUAGUUCCGUGCGUACUUUUAACGGUUUUGUCUACAAAGUUGGUUUUGGUUUUAUUGGAAACUAAGAAGAGGAAGAAUCGGUUGUUGCAAAACAGACUUCCAUUAAAUAAUCUCCAAUCUGAUUCAAAGCCGAUGAUCAAUCAUAAAGUUAAAAAAGACAAACAAGCCGAUAGGACUUCUGGUAUGUUAGUGGCUGUGUUGUUAUUGUUUCUGAUUACGGAGUUUCCUCAAGCAAUUUUGGGAUUACUCAGCGCUACGCUGAAGCCUUCUUUCCAUAGCCAGUGCUAUAUACCGUUAGGUGAUUUGUUGGAUAUUUUGGCAUUGACGAAUUCCGGCAUAAACUUCAUCCUCUAUUGUACAAUGUCGAGGCAGUUCCGGCAGACUUUCUACGAAUUUUUCAAAUUAAAAUACCUGAUGAAAUUCAAUCCACUACCCGAACAUCACGGACAUGAAAAAACCGGGGAGAAAGUUACACAAAUAACUGCGCAUGUGUGAAGAAUCUUUUAACUCGCAAAGGACUGAAAAGAAGUGAGAAUUUACAACCCCAAAAAAGCGGAAAAAACAUUCUGUACAUCGAAGACGUUCAAAAUAUUCUAAUUUUACAUUCAAUUAAGUCACAUACAGAGAUAAAAUAGCUAUUGAGUCUAGACUCAAUGUGACUAUUGUUUGAAAAUGAUGAUAAACCACAUAGGUAUUAUUUGUAUUCGAAACCAAUUUCUAAAUCUGAGAUAAUAAGGGUGGAAAUAAACCAUUAACAAGAAAUUUGAAAGUAACGACAACAUUUUCUGACCGCAUCUUUCUUUAUUUUAUUCAUUUUUUUAAUCACAUUAUUUCCAUUUUUUUAAUCCUAAUGCAUAGAUUGAAGUAUUGCCGUCCUUUACCGAAUAUAAUCGGAAAUAAUAACAACUCCCCAUUCUCAUAAUUUAUGCCGCUCUCUCUCCCUUCUUUCUACUUCCACUGAUUUGAUGGAGGUACCUGGUCAUCCUUCCCUUUUUUCUAGAUAGUACAAUACAUUCACAUCAAUUUUCCCCAAUUCAGUUUUUUUAUGACUUGAAAAUUGAAAAAAGCUUCUCCUUCUCAAGAUCCUGCCAAUUUUCAAAAGUAUUAGCAGGCUCUUCAAUAUAUGAUUCCAUUUCUUCUGGUUAUGAUCCAGGUGUUUUCAAAAUCAUGUUUUUCUAGCGUAGUUCGUUAGCUCCCGGUCCACAAUAUUGAAGUGGAUCCACAGCUUUGCGAAUCGUCUUCUAGUAGUACCAUCCAUGAUCUCUUGAAUAUUCUAUUGAUACAAUUUCUGCUAGAUUGACUGAGUCUUGAUUACCAAAAGGCGUUCACUGCUUAGCUCAGGCUGAUGUUCUAAAAGCCUUGAAGAUUCUUCCAUUGACUCUUGCAGUGUAUUCCCACGCUACAGGUGAAUCUAGCAUGGUAACAAAAAGCAUUGCCCUGAUAAGGCUUCAAUUCAUGUCGUCUUCCAAUGAGUCGUCCUAUCUUCUAAGUCAAGUAGACGAGUUCUUUUCUAUGUAGAAUUUUCAUAAAUUUUGUAUAAAUUAUUUUGUGAAAUAAUUGAAAGAAUUCCACUGAUAUCAUUAUUUCGAGAUAAUCGCUUACAAUCUGUUUGUAAAAAUCUUUACGGAUUUAGUUAUUUUUCACUGUAAGAGACUUACUACUAAGACACCAUGUUAUGAUUAAUUUAAUUAGGUACAACUACCAUAUUUUGUGUACUUCUGUUUUUAUGUAAAAAUAAAAUUUUAAAAAAUUUG